UCGGGGUUGUACAUGGAGUAUCAGAAAGGUAGCUAAAUAAUUUUCUGUCACUACUCAUAUGGUGAGGAAAGCAAAGACUAUUAGAGAACAACAGGGAAUACUUGGUGAGCCGCAUGUGAACAAGGGAAAACCACUGUCAGCUGAAGUUAGAGAACGUGUCAUGAAGUUCUACCAGAUGGAUGAAUAUUCAAGGAUCUGCCCAGGGAAAAAGGAUUAUGUAUCUGUAAAGAUCAAUGACAAACGUGAACAAAUGCAGAAGAGACUAUUGUUGGUAAAUGUAAAGGAGCUAUAUACACAAUACAAAGCACAAUACCAGGAUAAAAUUGGCUUCUCUAAGUUUUGUGAACUUCGUCCAAAGUGGUGUCUGCCUGUGAACAGUGCCGGGAUGCACUCUGUGUGUGUAUGCCAGUCGCAUCAGAAUGCAAAACUAAUGGUAAAUGCCGUUCCAACACAGGAUGACUACAAGCACCUUUUGAAAGAAAUGGUGUGUAAUUUGGAGAGUAGGGAGUGCAUGCUUCAUCUGUGUGACUCUUGUCCUGGAAAGGAUGGACUUCAAAAUUAUUUGAUGACUGUCUUCACAAAUAAUGACAUGGACAUGGAUGACAUGAUCACAUACAUGCAGUGGGUUUACACAGACAGGACUACACUUGUUUCUUUGCAGCAACCUCUGCAAGAAUUCCUUCAGGCUGUUUGUCAGGCUUUUGAUCAACUUCGUCAUCAUCAUUUUGUAAUGAAAUCUCAGGCUUCCUAUCUGCGGAUGCUCAAAGAGGGACUGACGCCUAACAUUGCUGUCAUACUGCUUGACUUUGCCGAGAAUUACAGCUUCAUUGUGCAGGAUGCUGUACAGGGUCACCACUGGGACAAUAGCCAAGCUACAGUGCAUCCAUUUGCAGUUUAUUACAAGAAUGGUGACCAACUUAAGUGUGACAGUCUUGCAGUGAUCUCGGAUUGCCUGAAGCAUGACACAACUGCAGUGCACACCUUUAUUUCAAAGGUUUUGCCGAGACUGCAAGAGAGCAUUCCUGAUCUUAAGAAGGUCAUCUACUUCAGUGAUGGAGCAGCCUCACAAUACAAGAACUAUAAGAACCUUGUGAACUUAUCAUACCAUGAAAGUGACUUUGGAGUAAAGGCUGAAUGGCACUUUUUUGCUACGUCACAUGGUAAGAGUCCCUGUGAUGGUAUUGGUGGCACUGUAAAGCGCCUGGUUGCACGAGCCAGUCUUCAGGCCACAGAUAACAACCACAUUCUAACUCCUCACCAAAUGUAUGAAUGGGCAAACGGCAAUAUUGAGAAUGUGAAAUUCUUAUAUGUGAGCACUGAGGAUAUAAGACUUCAUGAGACAGAGCUUGAACUUGAGAAGAGGUACACAUCAGCCAAAACUGUGACUGGAACUCGGUCUCACCACAGUUAUAUUCCAAUUGAUAAUAGAAAGCUGGAGAUGCGAAGGAUCUCUGAAGAUGUGACUUUUUCCAUUGUGUCUGUGAGGAAUUCUGAUGAGACUGUGGAAACAAGUGCAACCCCUGGUCAUGAGAUCUCCGAGGAUUUCAGUUGCUAUCAGCCUGGGCAGUAUGUUGCUUGUGUGUACGACGCAAACUGGUACGUGGCCAACAUUAUUGAACGUUCAGAUGAACACAAUGAUGUCUACUGUCAUUUCAUGAAGCGCUCAAACAUGACUUUGUCUUGGCCUGCUGAAAACCGUCAGAAUCCACCAUGUUGGAUCCCAUUUCAAGACAUCAUAUGCCGCAUAAAUGCUCCAGAGAUUCAGGGUUGUAGUGCUCGGCAUUACAAACUUGUUCCAGCUGAUGUGGAAAGAAUUCAGAUGCUCCUUCCCAAUUUCACCCAUAAAGUUUAAACUUGAGUUAAAAUGUAAUCCACUGAUAUUUUCAGUUUGAUAUGGUGUUUUUGAGACCAUAGACUCACAGACUUAUACGGCACAUAUUCACUCCUCAAUACUCCACUCCACCCCCGGCCCUGGAUGCCUCCUCCUGCUGAAACCAGCACUGCAGGCCCUGCCCCAUCACUCCACUCUUCUGGCUCUGGACCCACACCUGAUCGCUGGAACAAGAAAGCCAGCCUGCCAUCCAGCUCAGCCAAACACAUCAGAGGACUGAGGUGCUCAAUGAUGGUCGCACAUUGAGAAGAUGGUGACAGUCCCAAGACGGCCUCAGCCCUGCACUACAUCUCUACCAGACACUUCCACUCCACACUUACACCCAUCUUUCAAUAACCUCAAUUUUGUCAUGAGUAUGUGGUUAAACAGUUAACAUACUUUCUGCGUGUGAAAAAGGUUUAUGGGUGAAUAAAAAAUUUGUUUUCUUGUGA